AUGUUGACUGUCGACGCAUUUAUUGAUCAUGAGGUCGGCACUCUAGCUGAUUGUGGAAUAAUGGCCGAGUCCUAUUUAUCAAGUGAAUAGUUCAACACAGAAUUGGCAGUUGCACAGGCUACUUUAUGGGAAAAAAAACAAGAUAAAUAUUUAAAUGCAGGUUAAUCAUCUCAGAAGAAAUAUGUAAUGAAAAAUCGAAGGAAAAGCCAUUAUUGUUUUUAUUUUAAAUUCAAAUACUCCAAUCUUCUUAUUUGCUACAAUUUAUUUGAACAACAAAAUACUCAAAAUCAGUUCUGUUCUUAUACAUAAGAAUUAAUGGGACAAUUAAUAU